GUGUUGGGCAGACCCCGCAAGGUUGCCUACCUCCUGUGACAGGACCACGAGCUUCGACCCGGGAUGCAUUUGUCUACGCUCCAGGUCGCGAGCAUUCAAGGAAGCCAAACUCGACCAAGUAGCAAGCAAGUUGUCGGCUUCGCUCGCUGCUCAAACAACAACGAGCAGGAUAACUGCCAGAUAUCUGUCGGUCAAGCAAUGCAGGCCGUAUUCAAGCAUCUUUCCCAGAUUCUCACACUCGGUUUCAUAAACAAUAUGUUAUGUUUGGUCGAGAAUACUGUUACCCUCCUACCCAAGCAAAGGGGUCUGGAUCGUUGGGCUCCCGAAAAGUGGGAAGGAGAUAUACUGUGUAAACUUGGCAUCAAGGACAAGGAACGUCUCUUCCAAUCUCAUGCGCUGCCCGGAGGGUCUCUGGAACCGCGGCAAGACCCUGAACAACCUACAUACCGACAGAGGUGGCCGAUCCAACCCGUGUUACUACCCUGCACGGCUUCACAUUUCUGGCUCGUCAGCUUGGUCUACCGACAAGUUUCCAGAUAAGAACAGUCUGUGGGCGAGGUUCCUGUAACAUGCACAUAAACGCCCCCGCGAAACUGUCCAUUGUAGUGUAGGGAUGGACGUGGCGGAACUGUGUCGCUCACCCUAAAUGGGAAAACAACGCGAGGGCCAGAGGUAACAGACAGAUGGGCUGAUGGACAAGUGAGUAACGGCACGAAUCUUAGGAAGCUCGCUUGCCAAAUGUUGAGGGUUUGGCUGAUUGAUGCUCCUUCCAGCCUUCUCUCAACUCGGUCACCAUCCAGGUCCAGGGGGGUCCAGCUGGUCCAUUCACGCAGCCCGCCUCGUUGGAUCUUCCG